GAAAAUCAAAGAGGAAUGACAGAGAAAAGAUAACUUGGAGACAAUAAAUGAAAUUCUGAGCUAACAUCCACAGAAGCUUCCAAUGCUCAUCUGGCAUCAGAUGCUGCGAAGAAUGAAUUAUUUCCAAGAAGCCAAGUUCAAGCUGGCCUCUAGCACCAAUUGGCAGAAAGGGGACCAAAUAUUUGGUGACAGUGAUGGUGCAAGAAGCGUGGUGAGAGGUACAAGUAAUGGCUAAGGACAAUGGAAAGGUGAAAGGAAAAUUCCGGCAGCAGCCCACCUUCGUCAGAGACCCUUCACUGCUUCCAUACAUCCAUCCUACCAGAGGUCACAGAUCAUACAAAACCUACAGAAACAGGAAAUCAGACUUCCUGAGUCCACUACAAAACACAGAAACCUGCUUCCUCUACACAUCUCUUUUUGGCAAGCUCUGUCUUAGCAGAUUCAGUGUGGAAGCAGCUUUUGAAAAGCCCUGAAGAACUUAAUCCCCAAUUUCAUCUGAGCAUUUGUGCUUCAAACUACUGAAAUGAAGAGAGCAAGGCUAUUUCUCCUGCUUUCUAGCAUAUGGAGUGGGGGCUUUGGGCUGAGCGACACUACACAGACAUCCGAGGAUGAAAACUCCAAGAAUAUGACCACUGCUUUGGUCCCUCUAAAUAAAAUACAAAGUCUCCAAAUGCUGUCAACCACUCAGAUCAUGUCCACUGAGACAGCCACAACUCCUGAGGCAAGAACCUCGGAAGAGAGUCUUCUCAAGUUAGCACUUCUUCGCUCAGAGACAAGUCCAUCUCCUGAGGGUGUGAAAAACCCAACCAUCGCAUCCACAGAGAGGACAGAAAAAGGGGUGCUAAAAUUUCAAGCACUCCUCUUCCCAACCAAAUCUAGCAUCAAGUUCAGUCCUAGAGCAGAGUCGGUGGUCCUUUCCAACUCCACGCUGAAAUUUCUUCAGAGCUUUGCCAGAAAGUCGAAUCAACAAGUGAUUUCUCUAAACUCAGUUGGCCGCGUGGAAAAUCGAUCCCCACGGGAAACAUAUCUCAACAGAGGUGACAGCAGUAAAAGCCAAAGAACCAACUAUCAAAAAUCAAGCUUUGAAACAACUAGAGGAAAGAAUUGGUGUGCUUAUGUCCAUACCAGAUUAUCUCCCACGGUGAUAAUGGACAACCAAGUCACUUACCUGCCAAGUGGGAGAGGGCCCUGUGGCUGGAACAGUGGAUUCUGUCCUCAAAGAUCUCAGAGGACAUCCAAUCCGGUCUAUAGAAUGCAGCAUAAAAUUGUUACCUCAUUGGAAUGGAAGUGCUGUCCUGGAUUCAGUGGAGCAAAAUGUCAGCUAAAAGCCCAGGAACAACAGCCCUUGAUACACACCCACCAGUCUGAGAGUCACGAAGCUGUUGGCAGAGGAACAGCAGAGCAGCAGCAGCAACAGCAGCCCCAAGACUGCGGUGACCCAGCAGUGAUACAAAAAAUGACUGACCAGAUGAACCACCAGGCAAUGAAACUGUCCCUUCUGCAGAAGAACAUUGACAAUAUUUCUUUGGCUGUGACUGAUGUAAGGAAUACGUACUCCUCCCUUGAAGAAAAAAUCAAUGAAGAUAAAGGCAAGGAAUUUGAAUCUUUUCUAAAAGGUCUAAAAUCCAAAAGCAUUAAUGAUCUGGUAAAGGACAUAGUAAGACAACAAUUUAAAAUUUUCCAAAAUGACAUGCAAGAGACUGUAGCACAGCUCUUCAAGACUGUAUCAAGACUUUCAGAAGACCUUGAAAACACCAAACAAAUAAUUCGACAAGUUAAUGAAUCUGUGGUUUCCAUAGCAGUCCAGCAAAAGUCUCUUGUAAUGCAGGAAAAUAGGCCCACUUUGACUGAUAUACUAGAUCUAAAAAAUCGCAUUGUGAAUUUAAGGCAAGAAAUGAUUUUUACAUAUGAGAAGCCUAUUAAAGAACUAGAAGCAAAGCAGACACAUUUAGAAGGUACGCUAGAACAGGAACACUCAAGAAACAUACUGUAUUAUGAAUCCCUCAAUAAGACUCUUUCUAAAAUGAAGGAAGUGCGUGAACAGCUUUUAUCAACUGAACAAGUAUCAGAUCAGAAGAGUGUUACAGGUGCUGAAUCAGUUAGCAAUAAUGUCACUGAGUACCUGUCUACUCUAAAUGAGAAUAUAAAGAAACAGGGUUUGAUGAUGCUGCAAAUAUUUGACGAUUUGCAUAUCCAAGACAGCAAAAUUAACAAUCUCACCAUCGGGUUGGAAAUGGAGAAAGAAUCUUUCAGGGGUGAAUGUGAAAACAUGCUGUCCAAGUCCAGAAAUUAUUUUAAAUUUCAAAUUAAGGACACAGAAGAGAAUUUACAAGUUUUAAACCAAACACUGGCUGAGGUUCUUUUUCCCAUGGACAAUAAGAUGGAUAAAAUGAAUGAGCAACUAAAUGAUUUGACUUACGAUAUGGAGAUCCUUCAACCCUUGCUUGAGCAGGGAGCAUCAUUGAGAGAGACUAUGACAUAUGAACAACCAAAAGAAGCAGUAGUUACAAGGAAAAAAGUGGAAAAUCUAACUAGUAGUGUCAACCGUCUAAAUUUUCUUAUCAAAGAACUUACAAAAAGACACAACUUACUUAGAAAUGAAGCACAGAGUCGUAGUGAAGCCUUAGACAGACGUAUCAACGAGUCUGCCUUAGAAAUGGAAGAUGGCCUAAAUAAGACAAUGACUAUUAUAAAUAAUGCCAUUGAUUUCAUUCAAGAUAACUACAUGUUAAAAGACACAUUAAAUAAAAUAGAGUAUAAUCCUGAGGUUCAUCAUAAAUGUACCAAAAAUAUGGAAACUAUUUUGGCAUUUAUUACUCAAUUCCAACAUUUGAAUGAGUCUAUUCAAAUUUUGGUCAAUGACAAUCAGAGAUAUAGCUUUGUUUUGCAAGUUGCCAAGGCCCUUGCAGCUGUGCCUAAAGAUGAAAAACUAAGUCAGUUCAACUUUCAAAAGAUUUAUCAGAUGGUCAAUGAAACCACUUCCCAACUGAUAAAAUCCCAGGAAAACAUGAGUCAUUUGGAAGAAAGAAUACUCUCAGCUACAAUGAGUUCCAAAAAUUUUGAAACCCGGUUGCAAGACAUUGAAUCUAAAGUGACAAAGACCCUCAUACCUUAUUAUGUUUCACUAAAAGAAGGCAGUAUGACCACAAAUGAGAGAGACCAGGCUCUUCAAUUGCAGGUAUUAAAUUCUAGAUUUAAGGCACUGGAAGCAAAAUCCAUCCAUCUUUCAAUUAACUUCUCUUUACUUAACAAAACUUUCUAUGAAGCUUUAACGAUGUGUCACAACACUUCUACACGUAUAUCAAAACUGAAUGCUACCAUCCCUAAGUGGAUAAAUGGUUCCAUACCAAAUAUUCUGCUUCAGAAAGGUCUGACAGAAUUGGUAGAAUCAUUGAUUGAAAUAAAAACUCAAGUUGCCUUUUCUAAUUUGACUUGGUAUAUAAAUCAAUCAUUGUCUAGCACUCUUGCAAAUGUUGUCAAGUCUCAGAAGCCAGGAAAAUCAUUGCUGAAGAAAUCGCAUACACUUAAGAAACCAACAGUGAAUCUUACCACUGUCACGAUAGGCCGGAACCAAAGAAACACAGACAACGUUCUAUUUCCUGUAACAGAGGAAGCCUGUAGUAGGUCCCCGUGCCAGAACGGGGGCACGUGUAUAAAUGGAAGAACUAGCUUUAUCUGUGCUUGCCGACACCCUUUUACUGGUCACAACUGUACUGUCAAGCUGAUAGAAGAAAAUGCUUUAGCUCCAGAUUUUUCCAAAGGAUCUUACAGAUAUGCACCGAUGGUGGCAUUUUUUGUGUCUCAUACAUAUGGAAUGACUACACCUGGUCCUAUCCUAUUUAAUAAUUUGGAUGUCAAUUAUGGAGCUUCCUAUACUCCAAGAACUGGAAAAUUCAGAAUUCCAUAUCUAGGGGUGUAUGUUUUUAAGUACACCAUUGAGUCAUUUAGUGCUCAUAUCUCUGGAUUUUUAGUGGUUGAUGGAAGAGACAAGCUUGCAUUUGAAUCUGAAAAUAUUAACAGUGAAAUACACUGUGAUAGGGUUUUGACGGGAGAUGCCUUAUUAGAAUUAAAUUAUGGGCAGGAAGUGUGGCUGAGACUUGUAAAAGGAACGAUUCCAGCCAAAUUUCCCCCUGCUACUACAUUUAGUGGUUACUUGUUAUACCGUACAUAAAUUAGUAUGAAAGACAGACUACCACCUAUCCUGAGAAGCAGCCAGUGUUGUUAUCUAUCUUUGCACGCACAUCUCUGUUUUUCAGUUUUUCUACAUGAAACAAAAAUCAUUUUUUUUUUAAAUCUGAGUAAGGCUGUUUGUUUAUUUCAUAAAAUUAUUUGAAUAUCUUUUGGAUAAACUGUAUAUGAAGUUCUUGCUCCUAAAGGGAUUUAGUGGCACAGAAAACAAAGUGCAUGUAUUAUCAUAACUAUUUUUGUUUUCUCAUGUUAAGUCAUUUCAGCGUAAAGUAAUAGUAUACAAUAGCAAUCACUCAAUAUUGUUAGUCACCAUAGUCUUUCCAAUAAAAUAUCAACUUGUGUUAUUCCUUGUAUAUAUAAAUAUAUAACAUAUAUUUCCUAAA